UCUGUGUUGUCUAUUAAUGUUGCUGGCAAGUGGCUAUUGCCCACUAUGGUGGGAUAAGGGGCAGCCCCCACAGUCACAAUGCUCCCGGGUCACAGAGGUGCUCUGCCCUAGGCCAGCUCCUGCCUGGGAAGCUCCCUCUGGGUACGUUUUCUGGUGGGUACUUUUGGGCCUUCCCCCGGCCCUAUGGCCUAUGGAACCUCACCUCUGGGGGGUAGGCUGGGCCGGAGGGAGUCAUCACCUGUGGUGCUGGCCCCAUGGAUGAGGUGGAGUGGACACAAAGACAACCCAAGCCCGAGGACCUAAGGGUUGGGCUCAUCAGCUGGGCAGGAAGCUACUUGACUUUUGAGACAUAUAAGAACACAGUCAGUGCUACUGCAAAGGGCUUGGGCCGCAGACAGACCUGGGAGAUCCUGGUGAGCAAUGAACAUGAGGCACAGGCUGUGGUGCGACUGAGGAGUGUACAAGGCCUGUACCUCUUGUGCGAGCCCAAUGGGACGCUGUGUUAUGGCCGGCCCAAGUCCAGCCACCACGGCUGUUUCCUCCUCCGCUUCCACCGCAACGGCAAGUGGACCCUUCAGUGUGUCAUCAGUGGCCGCUACCUGGAGUCAGAUGGCGAGGACGCGUUCUGCACCUCCCGGGUCCUCUCCGCUUACCACAUGUGGACUCCACGGCCAGCCCUGCAUGUCCAUGUCAUCCUCUACAGCCCUCUCACCCACUGCUAUGCCCGGGCCGACCCCACCAUGGGCCGAGUCUGGGUGGACGCGCCCAUCCCCUGCCACCAGGAGUGCGGCUUCCUGUUGCAUUUCCAAGAUGGUUGCUACCACCUGGAGACCUCCAACCAUUGCUUUGUGUCCCACAUCGACCGCCUGGUCUCCCAGCCCUCCUCGCAGACGGCUUUCCAUAUGCAAGUGCGUCCAGGAGGCUUGGUGGCACUGAGUGAUGGAGAAGGAGGCAUGCUGUAUCCCCAGGGGUCACGACUGCUCCUGGGCCUGGGUUCCAGUCCCCACAGGGGCGAGGAGUGGUUCAUUCUGCGGCACUGCCCCACCUGGGUCACCCUCAGAUCCAAGGCCCGGAAGUUCCUCUCCAUCCUCUAUGAUUUUGAGGUGUAUGCUGCCUCUGAUCACAUCACUCCAAUGUCCCUGUUCCAGUUUGAAUGUGACAAUGAGAACCCCUCCUUGCAGCUUCGAUCAGCCAAUGGCUGCUACCUGGCUCAGAGACAUCAUAGGACUGUUAUGGCUGAUGGGCAUCCACUGGAGUCUGACACCUUCUUCCGUGUUCACUGGAAUUGUGGCAAGAUCAUCUUGCAGUCCCCCAAUGGACGUUUCUUGGGCAUUACAGCUGGUGGCCUACUGAUGGCCAAUGCCACCAUUCCAGGCCCAAAUGAAGAAUUUGGGAUCCGACUGGCCAACCGCCCCUUCAUUGUGCUGCGGGGUCGUUACGGCUACAUAGGCACCUCGUCGGAACACGACCUCAUGCAGUGCAACAUGGACCAGCCUGACUGUAUUCACCUGCUGCCCUGCCGCCAGGGCAUCUACCACUUCCAGGCACAGGGUGGAUCCUUCUGGUCAAUAACAUCCUUUGGCACCUUUCGCCCUUGGGGGAAAUUUGCCCUCAAUUUCUGCAUCGAGCUUCAGGGGAGCAACUUACUAACAGUGCUGGCGCCCAAUGGCUUCUAUAUGCGAUCCGACAGGAGUGGCACCCUGUUGGCAGACAGCGAAGACAUUACCAAAGAAUGUAUUUGGGAGUUUUAGGAUCUUAUUGUUUCCUGAAUACCAGAUUUCAGCAAACGGCUGACCAAAGGUUUUUAUUUCAUCAUCCAUCCCCAGACCAAAAGGAUGACACUUACCAAAAUCCACAUCCUCCAGGAGAAACUACUACAGUAAACAAGACAGGAACCCCAGAGUCAAGAUCCAUGAGAAGAAUAUCUGUUCCACAACUUUUUCAACCCAGUUUCACAAAAGUACCUCUUUCAAGCAAUAAUACAACUCAAAAGGCCACCCCCCAAGACUGUGGUGUGCAUCUGACUCAGUACAGAGUAGAGGUCUGGACAUGGGUAGACACUGAGGCCUCAGGAAACUCUGAGUUCUCUCCAGAAGAGGGGAGACCAAAUGGUAACCAGGUCUUCUCUUGCUUCUCCUCAUCCCUAGCAAAACCACUAGCUUCCCCUCUGACCUCAUGAGGAGCUAGCCUUGCUCUGAAGGAUUUAGAAUCUAGAUAUGACUAGAUGUCCUCCUGAUUUAGAGAGAGUGAAGGAUUAUUCAUUCUAUGGGGGCAGGGUGUAAGAAUAAAACCUUCUGUCAUAGAGUCCACCCGCUCACCUCUGCCCCUGAAGUCUACCCAGUACCUCACCCUGCCAUUCCCUUUGACUUAGUCAUGUAGUUUACCCCGUUGUUGUUUACAAGAGGAUGAAAUGUUUUAUGCAAGUCCUACAGCUGGGACCUGUGACUCAGUAUUUACAACUCUGACAUCUAUUCUUUCUAUCAAAACAUGACUUCCAAAAUGA